GCUCGCUCGGCACACGCGUCUACCGUACGGGCGCUUGAAGAGUGCGAUGUUUUGCUGCAGUUACGCGUACGUCCUAGCUGACAUUGUACACUGUCCGUUCGAGUUCGGCAAUCCGCAAAAAAUCCACACGAAAACAUUUUAUAAACAUAUCAAUAGGUAUCGUGACCUUUAUAACCCUAUGUCCCGUCCAAAGGAUCGCGAUUCGACGAAUAGUAUCACACAGUAUUAUUAUUAUAUCUUACUCACGUCGAUGCAAUCUGUUUCAUUGCGUCCGUGCAAUCCGUUUGGUCAGUGAAAAGUUUGUUUACGCCGGAAACACGCGUCGUCUUGUCACAUAAUAUACGGACGUAGAUAUAGUGGACCAAAACUGCGAGGUUUUUUUAUUCGUUUUUGUCUCUGACCGGCGCGUCGAAACGUCCACCGUUGGCCAUGUGCAGGCCAUCCGCAGCCGUACAGUGUUACUCGGUCGCCGCGAUUUUCGCGAUCGCGAUGGCCGGAGUGAAGGCCGUCAGUCGACACCCGGUGACGGUGGUCAUGUCGUUCGACGGUUUCCGGCCCGAUUACAUCCGGCCGGACGAGACGCCGACAUUGGCCCAGUUCCGGGACUCGUCCUCUGCGCCGCCGUACAUGCGCAGUGCAUUCCCCACGAAGACGUUCGUCAACCAUUUCACCAUAGCCACCGGAAUGCACCCCGAGUCACACGGCAUAUUCGACAAUCACAUGUUCGAUCGGCACAACGAAACGAUGUACCACACGUACGAGCAGUACCACUACGACGAUAAGGUGGUGCCCAUCUGGAUGCAAAACGAAUAUAAUGGAGAAGGACGACAUAGUGGUGUAAUGAUGUGGUCUGGAUCCGAAUUUCCAUAUCAAGGCAAACACCCAACUUACACUGUAGUAUACAACAGGUCAAUUCAUUGGAAUUCCCGAAUAGACACUAUUAUGACAUGGAUUGAAAAUGAAAAUCGACCUGCUAAUCUAGUGUUAGCAUAUUUUGAAGAACCAGAUAAAACGGGUCAUAAAAAAGGAAUCAACUCACAAGAGAUAAAACAUCAAAUCGCUAGAGUGGAAGACACAGUCAAAUACAUGCUCAGUCAAAUAAAAUAUAAAAAUUUGGAAAAUAAAAUAAACCUCAUAAUUCUUAGCGACCACGGAAUGGAUACAGUGACAUAUGAUAGAAUUAUGUUUUUAGAUGAUUAUGUAUCCAAUAUGACCUACAAAUCUAUUAUUACAGGUCCCAAUGCAUUUAUACUACCAAAUAUAGGAAAAUUUGACGAAGUUUAUACAAAUCUUUCAAUUGGAGCCAAUACAUCAAAAACAUUUUAUGUAUUUAAAAAACAUCAAUUACCAGAUCGUUGGCAUAUGAAAAAUAAUCCUAGAUUGAACGGGAUCAUUUAUUUGUUGGCAAAACCCGGUUACGCAUUUUGGUACAGUUAUUUUCAAGAAAUUUUAAAGCAAACAACCAAGGAAAUGUUCAGAGUUGGGACUCACGGGUACGACAAUGACGACCCUCAAAUGCGCGCCCUUUUCAUAGGUUCGGGGCCGAUGUUUAAAAAAAAAUUCACCGCACAGCCAUUCGAUAACGUGGACGUGUACCCACUGAUCAGCCACCUGUUGGCCCUAAAGCAAACCAAUGACGCUCGGCACGUGAACGGGACGAUAGCCGGCGUCGAACAACUUCUAGUGUCGCCCAAAUCAUCAAGCGCCAGAAUGUCGUCACCGCUCUUGCUAAUUGGUAUAAUAACGACAGUAAUUGACACUAUAACAAAGCGCCUGUUACCGUAACCGUAUACAAGGUCUGGUCGCUUGAUAUAUUAUAAUAUGGGUACAAUAUAAUUCAAUUUGAUUUGUUUUUGAAUUCAACGUAACCACUUGUACAUAACAACACGCCACUGACACUUUUUUGAGUACGUGCAAAGAUUUUAACCGUUUGUUUACAUCCGGAAGUAUAUCAAAGCAUCUUACGAUAUUUAUAUGUUGUUAUACAUCAUUAUUAAUAUUAUUAUUGUUUUGUAUGUUAAAUACGUUGAAAAGUGUAUUGCAUGCUCCGUAGAACAAUCGUACACGGAUUUUUAAUGAAUUCAUUAUUUUAAUAACUUCUAUAGAUGUUUCAUUUUUAUUGUUCAAUACGAUUAUACUAUAAUAAUAAUGAGUGAUUUAUAAUUUACAUAACACGCACAUUUUAAUAUUUGUAUGUAUUAUUUCUUUAUAUAUAUAUAUAUAUAUAUAUAUACCUACUAUCUAUUUGAAUAUUUUAUUUUAUUUUUAUAAAUAGGUAACUAGAUGUGGUGAUAGUAAGUAUUAACUGUGAAGUUAUUAUGGUAAGAGAGUAUGAUAUAAUUUUAACAUCUACGGUAACAACGUAAAACCUGUUUUACUAACCUGCAUAGCUGUAAGUUAUUUGAAAUUGUUAUUUUAAAUAUUUAUAAAUAUUUUUUUACAAUUUUAAAUUAACGUUCUUCGUAAAAUAUUAUAAAAUUUGCCUAUAUUAAACCCCUUAGACCUUAAACAACGCCGUGAAACAUACCCUACGACUUAUAAAAGUAUAAAUAACAAAAAAAAAACUGUAAUUAUUACAGAUUGAUUUCCGAAUAGCCGGAUUCACUGCUAUUGUGUAAUCAUAAUAUAGUAUUAUUAUUUAUUAUAAUAAUUCAUGAAUAAAAUUAAAAAUUAUAAGUUAUAAUCCUCAUUAGUUAUAUAGUUUAUAACUUUAUGGGACACAGGAAAAAUGAACCCACAACAGUCCCUAAAUAGCCUAUCUAAAACGCCGUGCAAUCACAUUUAUGUAUAAAACAGUGAUUCCCAACCUGCGACUUUGGUAAACAAUUAUCUUCCAGAGACCACCAAAUAUAAAAGUACGAAUAAUCUCAAUAUUAAUAUAAUAAUAUAAUUUUGUUACACAUACUACAAUACUACAUAGUAGUAUAUAUAAUAUAUAUAGGUACAUAUUGGACUUGUUUUUAUAUGUUUAUUGACUAAUAAAAAAAUUACAGAUUGAGGUACAUUGGUACAUAUUAGGUAUAGUUUAAUCUGUACGCUUUUUUAAGUGCACAAAUUUUAUCUAUAUUAAAUCGUAAAACGUAUAAUUGAAAACGUCCGACAGAAAAAAUUGCUAAUACAAUAAGAUAAAAAAUAGUUUUUUUUUUAAUUUUCGUUUAUUUUAAACAUUUGUAACGGGCCACGUGUGACCCGCGGCUUCGGGUUGGGCAUCACUCGUAUAGAAUAUAUAGUAUUAGCAUACUUUA